AACAGCAAGUCAAAAAAUCUUCUGAAACGAAAGUGAAAUACUUUCCUUUAAACUGCUGUCAUCUCAUAAUUUGACACACCCGGUUUUUAUUCGGCUCCUGGUUUGACGCGGGCGGUUGUUGUAGUCAAGUGUUAGUCCAGCUGAUCCCCCACUUUAAACUAGUCCUCUCAUAUUGUUGGAGAGACUGCGAGUGCAACAUGACAGAAAAAGGUGAAAUUGAUGAAGGAUUCUACUCCAGACAGCUGUAUGUUCUGGGUCACGAGGCGAUGCACCGGAUGGGCACAGUCAACGUCCUCAUUGCAGGCAUGCGUGGUCUUGGGGUAGAAAUAGCCAAAAAUGUGAUCCUGUCCGGAGUGAAGUCUGUCACCGUCCAGGAUGAAUGCCAGGCAGUGUGGACCGACCUGUCCUCCCAGUUUUUCCUGAAGGAGUCCCAUCUUGGUCAGAACCGUGCCACAUGUUCCCUACAACAGCUGUCUGCCUUAAACCCACAUGUGCAUGUGUUGGCCCACCCUGGACCACUGGAUGAGGACCUGAUUCUGCAAUUUCAGGUGGUGGUCCUCACUGACUCUUCACUGGAUGAUCAGAAGCGUUUUGGUGAGCUCUGCCAUUCACAUGGAAUCAAGUUUAUUGUAGCAGACACCAGAGGACUGUGUGGUCAGUUGUUCUGUGACUUUGGAGAGGAGUUUGAGGUCUUGGACCAGGAUGGAGAGAUGCCGGCAUCAGCGAUGAUACAAAGUGUCUCUAAGGCGAAUCCUGGAGUGGUGUUCUGCACAGAUGACAGGAAGCACGGAUUUCCAAAUGGCUCUAAAGUUUUCUUCUCUCAGGUCCAAGGCAUGACGGAGCUCAACACCAUCGACCCUGUGGAGAUCAAAGUCCGCGACUCAUACUCCUUCAGCAUUGGUGACACUUCAGCCUUUUCUACGUAUGAACGGGGUGGAGUAGUGACCGUGGUGAAACAGCCCUGCAUGCUAACAUUUAAACCACUGAGUGAGGCUUUAUUGGACUAUCAGCUGCUGAAAAUGAAUGAUUAUGGAAAAGAAUCGAGGCACAAGACCCUGCACUUGGCUUUCCAAGCCCUCCAUGGCUUUGUAAAGAAAGAACAGCGACUCCCUCGUCCUCGGUCUCAGUCAGAUGCAGAUGCCCUGCUUGCCAUAGUGGGAGAGCUUAAUACAGUCGCACAGCUGGAACAACUGGAUGAAGCUGCUGUGAGAAGCCUUUCCUACACAGCCCAGGGUGACUUGGCUCCUAUGAAUGCUUUCAUUGGAGGCCUUGCAGCUCAAGAAGUUAUUAAGGCAUGUAGUAGGAAAUUUACGCCUCUUCAGCAGUGGUUAUAUUUUGAUGCACUGGAGUGCCUCCCUGAAGAUGAGGACCAACUGGCAGAGUGCUCCUUUUCAGAAAAAGGCACAAGGUACGAUGGGCAGAUUGCCGUGUUUGGGUCAGCGUUCCAGGACAAGCUGGAAAUGCAGAAGUACUUCCUGGUUGGAGCAGGUGCCAUCGGCUGUGAGCUUCUUAAAAACUUUGCACUCAUUGGACUUGGUGCUGGAGAAGAAGGGCACAUCACCGUGACAGACAUGGACUUCAUAGAAAAAUCCAACUUGAACCGACAGUUCCUGUUCAGGUCUCAGGAUAUUGGGAAACCAAAAUCGGACGUUGCAGCCAAAGCAGUGAGAGAGAUGAACCCAGGGAUGAAAAUCACCGCUCACCAGAAUCGUCUGGACGCUGACAGUGAAGGAGUGUAUGAUUACAACUUCUUCAUAGGUCUUGACGGAGUGGCUGCAGCCCUUGAUAAUGUGGAAGCCAGGGUCUACCUCGAUGGACGCUGCGUUCAACACCAGAAACCAUUACUGGAGGGAGGAACUUUAGGAUGUCAGGGUCAUACUCUGGCAGUGGUGCCUCACCUGACAAAGUCUUAUGGCCCGGGCACAUCAAGUUCCAAUGAAGCCAUCCCACUGUGCACUCUCAAGAACUUUCCUCACCGCAUUGAGCACACCCUGCAGUGGGCCAGAGACCAGUUUGAAGGACUGUUCAAACAAACACCUGAAAAUGUGAAUCUCUUCCUGAGAGAUGUAGGGUUUGUAGAGCGGACUCUUGGCCUUGGAGAUGCUGAGGCCCUGGAGACUCUUGCGGGGGUGUGGAGCAGCCUGAAGGACAUGGGAUCUGGAGGACAACGUCCAACGAGCUGGGAAGACUGUGUGAGCUGGGCACGUUGCAAGUGGGAGACUCUCUAUAACAACGAUAUUCGCCAGCUUCUGCACUGUUUCCCUCCUGAAGAGGUGACUUCUGCUGGUCUACCCUUCUGGUCUGGAUCCAAGAGAUGCCCUCACCCACUGACCUUUGACCCCAGCAAUACUACCCAUAUGGGGUAUGUGGAGGCAGCAGCUAAUCUGUACGGGUUGAUCUACGGAAUCAAGGGGACAAGAGACUGGGCUGCUAUCAGAAGAAUCUUAGAGAAAGUCCAAGUACCGUCUUUUACUCCCAAGUCCUCCGUGAAGAUUCAUCUCACUGACAAGGAGAUGGAUGAGGAGAAAGAAAAGGAAAGGGAUGACGCGGAAAAAGCCCAACUUGAGGAGUUGAAAGGAAAGUUGGCCUCACCGUCUCUGAAAAGCUCAGCCAUGCAGAUGUACCCCACCGACUUUGAAAAGGAUGACGACAGUAACUUCCACAUGGACUACAUUGUUGCUGCUUCUAACCUGAGGGCAGAGAACUAUGACAUCCCUGCAGCCGAUCGGCACCAGAGUAAGCGCAUAGCUGGAAGGAUCAUCCCAGCCAUAGCAACCACCACAGCCGCAGUGGCAGGCCUGAUGUGCCUGGAACUGUAUAAACUGGUGCAGGGUCACCAGAAGAUCAGCUCUUACCGCACAACUUAUAUGUACCUGGCUAGCCCUCACAUUGUGUUCUCCCAGCCGUGCCAGCCCCAGCACUUCGAAGUCGCAGGAAAGAAAUACACCCUGUGGGAUGACUUCCUCGUUGAGGGCAGACGUGCCGGUCAGCAGGAAAUGACCUUGCGAGAUCUGUUCAAAUAUAUCAAGGAUCAAUAUAGCUUGAGCGUCUGCGGCCUAUACUACGGAGCAGCUAUGUUAUACACGGGGCAAGAAGAGAGGCUCGAUCUGAGUGUUUCUGACGUGGUGAAGAUGGUCACCAAGAAAGAUAUCCCUCCACACAAGAAGAUGCUGGAGUUGAUCUCCUCAUUUGCUGAAGAUGAGGACUGUGAGUCAGUCCCACCUAUCAGAUACGUACUGUUGUGAUGCCACCGAUUCCACAAAGUUUCCAGUGAAAAGGCUUCACAUGGAACCGCUUCAACGUGACAAAGCAAACUUAACGCUCCUGUGACAUCAUAUCAGUUAAAAACAUCCUCAUUUUGUUGCUUUAGCUGUUGCUUACGCAGAUUCAUAUCUGAAUGUUUUUUCCCCAGCACUGACUGUCUAUUCCUUUCAUUUCCUUUAACAUUUUUUUUAUUUUAUUGUUAAUGACACUGAUCAUGUAGUGAAUAAGUGAAUAAUUCCACAACCACAGUGUCUAAUAUAUUGCCCUAUCCCUUAGCCAUGUCCCAAAAAAUACCACAGCAUGCACAAAGAUUAAUAUCCUUUCCUCUUUUUUUUAUGCUAAGUUUACACAAAAGUGUAAAUUAAGCAAACUGUACUUUCCAUACAGAAAUACCAGAGAUGUUACCAAAAAGUUCUGUCUGCUUUUGGUUUUCAUUUAAAUGUAAAAUGUGUCUUCCGAGAGGUCAGGCUAAGAGGUUGUGAAGAUGCUUGCCAAGGCAUAUGGAUAAGAUGAUCUGGCGCUGCUGGGGCAGUACUGGCCUGGUUUCAAGGUUUAAUUCAGGUCAGACUGAGCAAGAUUUUGAAGGGGUGCAGUCAGAACAGGCAGUUGGCACAGUAGGUACAGUGCUUUGAUGCUUCGGGGUGUUCUUGCCAUCUGGACACAGCUGUCUUGUUUAAAUCCCUGCACACGUGCAUCCCCCCUCCCUCCCAGAAGAAUCCCAGAACAGGUCAGAGUGGAGAAGCUGGACUCAUCUGCAAAGCUCUUGUCUGUCCUCAGAUGGCUUAUGUGCACGCCCUGCCCUUUUUCCAAAACCUCACGAUGUGUUUCACUUCACACCCUCACAUUAACUUAGUGUCAUUUUGUCAAUGCUCUGCUCUCCCAGUUGGCUUUUUGAAUCUUGUCAUGAAGAAUCCUCUCUGAAAUGAUCACUGCAACUACUUAUAGGGGUUAUUAAUUCACAGUGGAAUUCGGCCUGGGUUUGAAUGAUGCUGUUUGUGAUUCAAUUAUGUUUGAACAAUAGUAAUUCAAUAAAUGUGUCUAUGAGGAACCAUGUUA